ACGGCGUCCAAUGAUAAGUUUUCAAUGGUUGCCCGCUGUUGGCCGCCUGUAUAAAGCGUGAAGACCUCGAUACACAGGACUGUUGAGAACAAACAUCUUACUCCGCAGACUCUCAUCACACGAAGGACGCUACAGCUGACACUAUUGAGAUCUCGUAGCGGGUCGCUGAUCUUCCAGCAUGGCGAAGCGGGUGGCAGUGAUCGGUGGCGGGUGUAGUGGACUAGCGGCCAUCAAGUGCUGCCUGGAUGAAGGGUUGGAACCCGUGUGUUUCGAGCGUAGCGACGAGCUGGGCGGCCUGUGGCACUACACGGAGCAGGUGACGGACGGCCAAGCCUGCGUCAUGAGGUCAACGGUCAUCAACACCAGCAAGGAGAUGAUGUGCUACAGCGACUACCCCAUCCCCAAGGAGUACCCUAACUUCAUGCACAACACCUACGUGUGGCAGUACUUCCAGGACUACGCCAAACACUUCGGCCUGACUGACUACAUUCGCUACAACAUGGAGGUGGUGAGCGUCAAGCGAGCCCCUGACUUCCUGGAGUCUGGACGCUGGCUCAUUGACACGCGAGAUCACAAGACCGGCGACACGAGCCGCGAGACGUUUGACGCUGUGAUGGUGUGCACGGGCCACCACGCGGACAAGAACGUGCCGCACUUCGCCGGCCUGAGCGACUUCCAGGGCAAGGUACAGCACUCCCACGACUACCGCACUGCCCAGGGGCUGGAGGACAAGCGGGUUGUGGUGGUGGGCUUUGGCAACUCCGGUGUGGACCUGGCGGUGGAGCUCAGCAAAGUGUCCAAGCAAGUGUACUUGAGUACCCGACGGGGCGGAUGGUUAUUCCACAGGGUCAACGAAGGAAAUGGUCUGCCAUCCGAUCUUUUAUUCAGCAGCCGUUUAGUUUCUGUGAUACGAAGCUUUCUUCCAUUGUGGUUGGUGCAGCAACUCCUUAAGGCAAAACUCAACAGGAAAUUUGACCACUACCUGUAUCGUCUGGCACCGGAAGAUCCUCCUCUUUCACAACACCCUGUAAUUAACGAUGACCUGCCGAAUGCCAUCAUCACCGGGCGAGUGAAGGUGAUGGCUGACGUCAAGAAAUUCACUUCACAUGGAGUGGAGUUUGUGGACGAGAGUGCCGUGGACAACAUAGACGCAGUUCUGCUGGCCACGGGUUACAUCUUCGGUUUCCCGUUCGUGGAGAAGGAGGUGAUCGACGUCCAGCAGAACCGUAUUCGGCUCUACCAGUUCUGCUUCCCACCCGACCUGCAGCACAACACCAUCGCCUUCAUUGGCUGCUUCCAGCCUCUGGGCGCCAUCAUGCCAGCCGCUGAACUCCAGUGUCGACUGGCGGCCAGAGUCUUUAAGGGCGAGGCACAGUUGCCGUCGCGGUCCGAGAUGUGGGAGGACAUCAGGAAGAAGGAGUCAGAGGUGGCACAACGCUACGUGCACACUCAGCGCCACACCAUCCAGGUGGACUGGGUGCCCUUCAUGGACGAGCUGGCAAAUCUCAUCGGCUGCAAGCCGCAGAUUGGUUCCUUGUUGCUGUCUGACCCGAAACUAGCCUGGACCCUGUUGACGGGGCCCGUGACCCCCUACACAUAUCGUCUGCACGGUCCGGGGUCGUGGGCUGGAGCUCGGGAGGCUGUCCUUACCACCAUGGACAGGGUUCGAUUCCCGUUCAGCACUAAGCCCGUCCCUCGCCGCUUUGACGCCAACCUGAGACUGCUCGCUCACCUGUUAGCCAUCGCUGUGGUUAUCAUCCUCAUACUUUUUAUUUUUCUCUAAAAGCACAUGAUAGAAAAUGCUGAUACAGGGCAAUAUUAUAUGAGAUUAUGGCUUGUACAACACAGGAGAAAACCGACACUUUCAAAUCCGCUGUACAACAUGUUUAACAACA